GUUUAAGGCCAUCAAACCGCGUCCAAAUCCUUACGGAAACGCAUCCACUCACCCGAUUCACAUCCCCACCAUCCGCGGCCCCUUGACAAAGAAUCUGGGAAUCCUGUUCGGCGACGUCGUCGAUGAGGUCAAUGCAGCGUUCGCGGACACCAUCGGAAACAAGCUACAGAGUGACGAAUGGAUCAGCGUAGACGUGCUGAUGACCAUGGCAGUGGUUAUCUCGCGGGCGAGCAACCGUGUCUUUGUCGGCCUUCCUUUGUGCCGGAACGAGGUUUAUCUUCAAAUCGUCCGCCAAUUCACAUUCGACGUCGCGAAGGGGAGAUUCCUCCUCAGCUUGUUUCCGAAGUUUCUGAAGGCAGUGGUUGGUCCGCUCAUCCCAUGGGCACGCAGGGCCACGCGGGACGCAUCGGUGUACCUCACACCCAUUAUCGAGGAACGUCAGAAAAAGCUAAAGGCUAUGGGUGAUGACUGGACGGACAAACCUAAUGACUACAUGACGUGGAUGAUUGACGAAGCCAACCGGGAAGGCCAGCCUACCCAGGUGAUACUUGAGGGUCUCAUGGUCUCCAACUUCACUGCCAUCCACACAUCCAGCAAUAGUAUGACACAAGCAGUCUACCACAUUGCAGACUCCCCUGAAUAUGCGGCGAUAUUACGCGAGGAGGUAGAGAGCGUUGUUAAGGAGCACGGGUGGACUAAAGUCGCAUUUGGUAAGAUGUGGAAGUUGGACAGCUUUAUGCGCGAGUCGCAGCGGAUGAACGGCAUCACGCACAUAUCCGUCAUGCGGAAGACGCUGCAAGACACAACGCUCUCCGACGGGACGUUCCUUCCGGCGGGUACCAUCGUCGCGGGUGCAUCGAGCGCGACGCACCGGGAUGCGCGCAGCUACCACAAUCCAGACAUCUUCAAUCCAUUCCGCUUCGCCGACAUGCGUACAGAAGACGGCGCUAGUAUCAAGCACCAGUUCGUCAGCACCUCGCCGGAGUACGUGCCAUUUGGGCACGGAAAACAUGCUUGCCCCGGCCGCUUUUUCGCUGUGAACGAGCUGAAGGUCAUGAUAGGGUACACCUUGCUCCACUACGAUCUCAAAUUUGAGAGUGGGCAGCCAAGACCGGAUAACUCGUCGCGCUGGCAUAGUGUAGUGCCCCCGCGCAAAGAUGUACUGUUCCGUAAGCGACAGGUUGUGGCUGCUUGACAGUCU